GCAAUACUUUGACCUAAGCGGGACGUUAAUAACUUCUUCCGGGUUCACCCAGUCUGUGCUCGCUGAGACUAAAGAUGAGGCUAUGAGGGUAGUUAGUUUUUAUUUUGAUGACUGAAGGGAGAAAGUGUAACUUUCUUGUGAUUCUGUACUUAGAAGCUUUGUCAAACGCUGUUUCCUUGUGAGUCUGCGUGGUUUUCCCCGUGUUUAGCUCAACAUGUCUGCCGAGGAAGCGGACAAAACAACCACCACUGAUGCUAGUGCUGGUGAUGAGGAGGAGGAAUGGCUGUAUGGAGAUGAGUCUGAGAGCAAAGAUGAGGACGAGGAGUCCAAGCUGAAUGCUGCUAUCAGUGCACCUGCUGAUGCUUCCACAGAGGAUGCUGCUGACCACGCUACAGGGAACGGUGUGGCCUCUGAGGCCACAGGUGAAGCUGCAGGGGAGGAUGUUGACAGUGAUAGUGACAGUGAUGAUGACGAUGAUGAUGUUCGUGUUACCAUUGGAGACAUCAAAACCGGAGCACCGCAAUACACAACAUAUGGAGCUCCACCCGUCAACCUCAACAUAAAGACAGCAGGCUCAAGGCCUUAUGGGCAAGCCAAGCUGAAGGGAGUGGAUCUGGAUGCCCCAGGAAACAUUAACGGGGUUCCAGUGCUGGAGGUGGACAUGGAGUCAUUUGAGGAGAAACCCUGGAGGAAGCCAGGAGCGGAUCUGUCAGAUUACUUUAACUAUGGCUUUAAUGAAGACACAUGGAAGGCGUACUGUGAUAAACAGAAGAGGCUGCGCAUGGGCCUGGAGGUCUCUACUAUUGGCUCGGUAACAAGCAAGAUCACGGUUCAGCAGGGUAGGACGGGCAAUGAGAAGGACAUGUCCAUUAUGCCUGUUCACACCUCCAAGCCUGACUUCACGUCUCCUGUCAGCCUGUACAAGUCUGCUGUCAGUCAGGUCACCAGCAGGAUCUCUCCCCCUCAAUGGACUGGCCCGCCUAUGCCGGACAUGUCCUACUACACAAACUCACAGAAUUGGGAUCCAUCAGGUGGACUUCAUCAUAUGAAGACAAGCGGUACUAUUGAUGUGAUUGGUGGACAGACGGCAACCAUCAGCAGGGUGGAAGGGCGACGCAGACAUAAUCCAGAUGGAAACAACAUCCAGGUGACCCCUGGGAAUGUGAUCGCUGAACAAUCAGACGCUGAGCCGACUCCAGCAAAGAUACCCACUUUCUUCCCUCCUGGACCGCUUCCUCCAAACAUACCUCCACCCCCUUUCCUCCCCCCGCCACCCAACGUCAACACUGCGCCUCCUCUAAUCCCCCCGCCAAGGUUGCCCAUUCCUGUCCCACCUCCUGGUUUCCCUCCUCCACCCAGUGGACCCCCUCCUGCCAUUAUCCCCACUAUGGACAGUGGCCACCCUGGCGGUUAUGAUGGACGCUCUGUCCCUCCAUACCCAUUCCCCCAAGGUGCGUACCCACCACCCAUGACUGGAGGCCCUCCUCCCUGGCCACCCAUGAUGGAUAACUCUAAACCCUGGGAAAACUAUUACCGUCGAGAUGAUAAGAGGGAAAAGGAAAGAGAGAGGCCACGAGAGAGGACACAUGAGAGGGAGAGAGAGAGGGAGCACAGCCCGUCAGUUAUGGGCUACACCAGCGACGAGGAGCGGUAUCGUUACCGCGAGUACCAGGAGCGAGCUUACGGGGAGCGACAUCGUGACCGGUCAAGCCGAGAGAAGGAGGAGAGACACAGAGAGAGGCGGCACAGAGAGAAGGAGGAGGGGCGCCACAAGUCCUCACGAAGCAGCAGUAGCAGACGGAGGCACGACAGUGAGGAGGGCGACAGCCACCGGAGGCACAAACACAAGAAGAGCAAGAGGAGCAAGGAGGGCAAAGAGGCCAGCGAGGAGAUCAGCGCAGACCAGGAGAACCAGGAAGCCAUGGAUUAGUGAUCACGUCGUCCUGUUUCUCUUCCCUUUUGUCUGUCUGUCCCACCAAGAUGAAGAAAAAUUAAAGUGAGAAAUUGACCAACAAAACCAGGAAGUCGCAGUGUGAUAAAUGCAUCCUGUCACUCCCCUCUCCAUCAAUCUCAAUCUCCCAUCCGACUGUCGUUGAUCCUCACCAUCAAUGCAGGAGAAUGGAUGAAGCAGAGGAGGUGGUGAAGAAGGGAUGGGUUUGUCAUUUUUACUUCACCUGUCUUUCCAUCAAUAGCUGACAUCUGACAGGUCAUCAGUCUGUCUUUAUUCUCCUCCCUCCCUCCCUGCCCUCCUGCUAGAGCUUUAUCGGUUAGGUCAUGCUCAGAAAUUUCACUGUUCAGUCAGGAUGAUCAGCAGAUUUAGAUAUUUUCUGUCCUUUGAUUGUUUGUUGUCCUUUUGUUCUCGUCCUGUAAGAAGACACCCAAAGAGGGCUCUCAGUUUAAGUUCAAUUAAAAAGAACACUUUUGAUAAGA